GUGGCUGGGCAGCGGCCGCCCGCUGGGCUUCCAGGCGCAGCCAUGUUGGACGUGCAGGGCUCGAACCAUGGCUGCGAGCACCCGACUCCCACUACCAGCCCCGCCAGCUCUGCUGGGCAGCGGGUAGAAGUGCGGCCCGGCCUGUAUCUGGGUGGGGCAGCGGCCGUGGCGGAACCGGACCAACUGUUGGAGGCGGGCAUCACCGCCGUACUGACAGUGGACGCGGAGCCGGCUUUCCAGGCUGGGGCUGGGUUCGAAGGUCUCCGGAGCCUCUUCGUGCCGGCGCUGGACAAACCCGAGACAGACUUGCUCAGCCACCUGGACCGGUGCGUGGCCUUCAUCGGCCAGGCGCGUGCCGAGGGCCGAGCGGUGUUGGUGCACUGUCAUGCAGGAGUCAGUCGAAGUGUUGCUGUCCUGACUGCUUUUAUAAUGAAGACAGACCAACUUCCCUUUGAAAAAGCCUAUGAAAACCUCCAGACGGUCAAGCCAGAAGCCAAGAUGAACGAGGGGUUCGAAUGGCAGCUGAGGCUGUACGAGGCGAUGGGAUGCGAAGUCGAUAGUGCCAGUGCAGUUUACAAGCAGUACCGUUUGCAGAAGGUUUCUGAGAAGUACCCAGAACUUCGGAAUUUACCUCAAGAACUCUUUGCUGUUGACCCAACUACCGUUUCACAAGGAUUAAAAGAUGACACUCUCUACAAAUGUAGGAAGUGCAGGCGAUCUUUAUUUAGAAGUUCUAGUGUUUUGGAUCAUAAUGAAGGAAGUGGGCCAAUAGCCUUUGCUCACAAGAGAGCGACACCAUCUCUUGUACUUACCACAGGGAUUCAGGCUCAGUGUACAUCUUAUUUCAUUGAACCUGUACAGUGGAUGGAACCUACCUUGUUGGGAGUAAUAGAUGGACAGCUUCUUUGCCCAAAAUGCAGCGCCAAGUUGGGUUCCUUUAACUGGUACGGUGAACAGUGCUCGUGUGGUCGAUGGAUCACCCCUGCUUUUCAAAUACACAAGAAUAGAGUGGACGAGAUGAAAAUAUUGCCAGCGCUGGGAUCACAAACAAAGAAAGUAUGAACUUCGGGCACAGCUUGGAGUAAUAACCUGGUGAAGCACACGUCUCCUGAUUAUUAUCUUCCACACUGGAGGACAAUUUGGAAUGUCUGAAGAUAAUUACUGACUAUAACAACUAUUGGUUGGAGCCGGGAGUGCUGGCGCACGCCUUUAAUCCCAGCACUCUGGAGGCAGAGGCAGGCGGAUCGCUGUGAGUUCGAGGCC